AUACAGACGACGUGCUCCCGUAUCUGCUGCUGUAUAAGGUGAUCCGGAAUUGCAUCAAUUAGGUCAUAAAUAGCAUAAAUUGACGGAUGGACACUCUCAAACCUCUGGAUUUCCUGUCGGAUAGCUAGCGAGUUACUCAAAAUCAUCAUAUUAAAAAUGAAUGUCCAGCAUGAAGUUGAAUUACUCAUAGAGGAAAUUAAGCGGCUAGGUUCACCUGAUGCUGAUGGUAAGGUUAGUGUGACAUUUGGAACCCUCUUCAGCGAUGACAGAUGUGCCAAUAUUUUCGAGGCUUUGGUGGGAACUCUCCGGGCUGCCAAAAGAAAGAAGGUGGUGACCUACGAAGGGGAGCUACUCCUACAGGGGGUCCAUGACAACGUCCCUAUCCAGCUCCUGAAGGACUCUGUAUGAUGCUUAGAUAAGCUAGAUUUUAGGGAACAAUAUGAAUAAUUAAUUAUGUUUUACUUAUAUUGCUUAUGCAAUUAAAUCAGGGGUCAAUAUACAUGUACAUUGAAUUUUUGAAAUAUUGCCUAUACAAAUUGCAAUGUGAUAUUGUGUCCUUUUUCUUUUUGUGUUAUUUUCUACUCAUAUGGUGCAAUAUAUUUUUGGUAUAUUAUUAUACACUCUUUAAUAUCAGAGGAAUUUUAAGUCAUCUACAAGACAAACUGUUUACAUCAAUACAUGAAAUGUACAAUUGGAAUAAUUUAAGAAAUAAAAUCGUGUAAUAAGCAGUGACCUGUGGAAGCUUUGCUGUGACUGCUAGAUUAUAGGAUUUUUUUAUGCAAAAUAAAACUACACUUUGUU